AUGGAUGUUCCUGAGUGUGGAAAACACGGUGAAGAUCCAUAUGCAUGUGACAUUCCUGAUGAUAUUAUCGAUGAAAGCUUGGAUGAAUGGAGAUUUAGACUAGAUUUUGUUAAAUUGAAAUUUGAGGUUGUUGAAUCUGCUUUGAGACAACAGUGGAAAACCAAAGGAACAAAUGUUGUCAUGUCAAAACUUGAAAAUGUUUCUUUCAGAGCUUUAAAAUCUGAUUUUGGGGAUGUUAGAAUUCAACUGCAAAAUGUUGAGGAGGAAGUAGUAAAUGUUGCUUUAAAUUUUGACAGACAACCAGAUGAUAUCUUAUUAUUAGAUACACUUAAUCCAUCUGGUGUCAUUGUUACAACUCAAAAGGAAAUUUCUGAAAUUCUUGUUGAGCAUUUUGAGAAUAAAUUCAAAAAGAAGGAAGUGGUUUUUGCUGCUGAUUUAUUUGACAUUGUUCCUAGAGUAAUAAAUGAUGAAGACAACAAGCUUCUUGAUGUUGUUCCUACAAGUGAAGAGAUUAAAAGUGCAGUUUUUAAAAUGGAUCCAGAUAGUGCCCAUGGACCAGAUAGAAUGGGUGUUAUGAUUAAUAAAGUAGUUUCUCCACAACAAGGGGCUUUCAUCAAAGGGAGAAACAUACAGAACCAGAUUGUUUUAGCUUCUGAACUAAAUAAUGAAAUGGAAACCACAAAAAGGGGUGGAAAUUCCACUAAAAUCUCUGUAAUGGUUAGUGGUGGCCCAGCUGGCUAUUUCUCAAUUGGUAGAGUUUUGAAGCAGGGUGAUCCUUUGUCACCAAUUUUAUUUGUUUUGCUCAAGAUGUAUUAA